AUGGCCGCCCGCCUGCUGCACCAUUUCCUCCUCCUCGCCGCGCUCCUCCUGCUGAUCGGCGGCGCCUCCUCAGCGGGCGACGUCGUCGCGGCGGGAAACGGGAAGGUGCGCAUGGAGCUCUACUACGAGUCUCUGUGCUCCGACUCAUUUCAGUUCAUGGUGGACAGCCUCGCCAGAGUCUUCAAGGACGGGCUCCUCGACGCCGCGGACCUCACCCUGGUUCCCUACGGCAACGCCAAGGUCGACGCGCACGGCGCCAUCACAUGUCAGCAUGGCCCCGAUGAAUGCCUUCUCAACACCGUGGAGGCUUGCGCCAUCGACGCCUGGCCGGAUGUGAAAGUGCAUUUCGGUUUCAUCAACUGCGUGGAGGAGCUGGCGAUGGAGUACAAGCACCAGGAGUGGCAGUCGUGCUUCCAGAAGCAAGGGCUUAACCCCAAGCCUGUCAUGGAGUGCUACAAGAGUGAGCAUGGCCACAAGCUUUCGCUCAAGUACGGGAGACAGACAGACGCGCUCCUGCCUCGGCACACGUCCGUUCCGUGGGUGGUGGUUGAUAGCAAGCCGCUGUACGACAACUUCGGGGACUUCGUAGCCUACAUCUGCAAGGCGUACAAGGGACGUCCUCCAAAGAUUUGCCAACACAAACAGCCGGGCCGUGGCUAUCCAACCGCACGACAGGCGGCGGAGGCAGGCAACCGUGUCGGCUACAACUCCGGCGAUUUCGUGCUCAAUGAUGGCGUCGACGACAGGACUAAGAGGGCGCGGGCUAAUGACAAUUGA